AUGCACAAGACCAAUCAAUUGACAGGUUACCCCCAUGAACGGUUCAUGAAAAAUUGCCUCACAUGGAUAGGGAAUGAGUUCCAUGUUACCUACCUCCUCCUUCGUUCAAAUGCCAGCCUCAGCAUAUCCCAGUUCUAUGUUCUCCUCCUCGCCCGCCUUCUCGCCUUUCCAUCCGACAUGACAGCCACACCACGACUGCUUGUUGAUCUGUCCGUCUCAGCAAUGGCCUACGGUUACACCUUUGAUAUCAUCAACCAAACCAUGUCCGUUGAUGAAGACAGGAUCAACAAGCCAUAUAGACCCAUCCCAGCCGGUCUUCUCAGCCUCAAACAGGCUAAAGUCCGAUUGUUCCUGAGUGUAUGUCUGUCUCCUUUGAUCAUUGGCGCCCUAGCGGGUCCAUGGGCAGCAUUUUGGAUUAUCUGCUGGAUAGCAUGGGUCACCUUCUGCUAUGUGUGGCCGAAGGCCAACAAUUGGUUUUUCCGCAAUGCCUUCUCAGCUCUUGGGCAUAUCUUCCUGCUCAGGCUGAUGAACGAGAUUGUGUAUAGCCAUUUCUCUAUCGUCAAUACACGUUUCGAUCAGGAUGUUGUCAACGCUGCCCUCGCCAUGGUGACUGUCCAUGUCCAGGAGUUCCAUGAUGUGGAAGGAGACCGCAAGUCAGGACGUCGAACACUCCCGCUACUUCUGUCUGAAAAGGGGGUCGUCGUUCUUCGCCAGGUCACAGCUACGAUCUUUAUCAUCAGCAGCGGCAUAAUUCUCAUCUGGGGCUUCAAUGUUUGCCCUGCGGGUGGCUUGCUUGAUGUGCAUUUUCUCGGACUGCUUUUUGCGGCAGCAUCUCUGCUUACAGCGGUGAGAGUCACUCUCGGAACCCCGGAAACGAAAGCCUGGGAUGAAAAUACCUAUAAGUUCUGCUAUGUUUCUAUUUUUCUAUUUCUCGACGCAUAUCUGGUUCAGCUGAAUAGGGCUAUUUGUCAGGGCUAG